UCUGUCAUAACACUAAUGGAAUAUAGGACCGUGAAAAUAUGUAAUUAUGAAAACUACACAGUCUACAACAGUCGCGUCAGUGACGUUGUCUCGUUGAACGGUCACCAAAACCGGUCCACCUGCCUCCGCCUCUGCUGCUGUGACUCUGGCGCCGCCUGGUGGACACGACACUACAGUGCGCUGCAGCUGUCUCAUAGGAGACGCACUUUUCACGCACCUGACUGCUCACAACAGCCCUUUCAGUCUUUCGCCAAGAUGCAGAGGUGGGUUGUGAUCUGUUGGGCUCUCCUGGCCCUGGUUGGGGCAGAUCAGUGUCCAGAUGGAGGAAUGUGUGAAGACGGUCAAACCUGCUGCAACCACCCGGCCAAUGGCUAUGAAUGCUGCCCAUUCGAUCAGGCUGAGUGCUGUGAGGAUCAUAGACAUUGCUGCCCUGCGGAAACAAUCUGCGAUAUGGCUACGUCGAGCUGUGUGAACGCUACCGUGUCCAUCCCCUGGGCUGAAAGAACUUCUGCUGAUCAGCCCAGAGUCUCUAAAUCCUUCAGGAUGAUCAAGAGCAACCAGGGGGAGGACGAGGACAACGUCUGUCCUGAUCAGUCUCGCUGUCCUGCUGAGUUUUCCUGUCUGAAGGCCUUGACAAGGUUUGGCUGCUGUCCCCUAGCUCAGGGAGUGGCCUGCUCGGAUGGGAAACACUGCUGUCCCGAGGGCCAUGAGUGCAGCGCAGACUGCCGCUCCUGCACGAAAAAAGAGCUAGUGACAACAGUUCUGUGCGACGACAAAGUGUCAGAGUGUCCAGAUGGAACCACGUGCUGUAUAAACCCGGAUGGCAAGUGGGGAUGCUGUCCCAUGCCAAAGGCCGUGUGCUGCAAGGAUAAGUUACACUGCUGCCCUGAAGGCACCACAUGUGAUCUGGAACACUCCAAAUGUACUUCCUCGUCAACCAAAAAAGAGAUGCCGAUGUGGGCCAAACUCCCUGCUCGGAUACGGGCCGACUGGGAGAACCAGAAAGAUGAAGGAGUGACUGCAGAGAAAGCUGAUGAUGGCGGCUCAGAAAAACCCCCUAAAGUCACCACAGUGAAAACAGUUCCUCUUUCAGAUAAUGGCGUAUCGAAGUCAUCUGCAGGCAAUGUCCUGUGUGAUGAUACAACAGCCUGUCCAGAUAACACCACAUGCUGUAAGACAGCAGAGGGUGACUGGUCUUGUUGUCCUCUUCCAGAGGCUGUUUGUUGCGAGGAUUUCAUUCACUGCUGCCCGCACGGUAAGAAAUGCAAUCUGGCCGCCAUGACCUGCGACGACGAAACCUGCUCCGUGCCGUUGGUUAAGAAGAUACCCACAAUCCCCAGGCAGGGCGCACAGGCGGGGGAUGUUGCAUGCGACUCCAAUUUCAGUUGUCCUGAUGGGACAACGUGCUGCAAGAACAAAAAAGGAGGCUGGGCCUGCUGUCCUCUCCCUCAGGCGGUCUGCUGUGAUGACCAUGAACACUGCUGCCCCGCUGGCUCCACCUGUGACCUGGCCAGCCUCACCUGCGACACCAGCUCAGGCUCAGCGCCCAUGCAGAAGAAGAUCCCCGCAUUUGUAACAGAGGCUCCGACUACAGCGGCGCCUACAAGUGCAGCGGCAACAAGCCCAGAGGAGGAGAAGGAGCCUCAGGAGGGCGACGAGGAAGAUGACGAGGAAGACAGUGAGGAAGACAAAGAGGAGGAGAAUAAAGAUGAGGAGAAUAAAGAUGAAGAGGGCAGGGUCGCGUGUGAUGAUCACACCAGCUGCCCUCACUCAUCCACCUGCUGCUUCAUGAAAGCGUCUCAAAAGUGGGGCUGUUGCCCGCUGCCAAAGGCCGUGUGCUGCGAGGACGGGAACCACUGCUGCCCCGCCGACUACAAGUGCAGCGAGAGCAAGACAUGCGUCAAAGGAGAAGUGGAGAUCCCGUGGUACCCCAAGCUUCCAGCCAGCAGCAGCCUCCAGGCUGAUCCCACCUCCGUGCAGUGCGACGGUUCGACUCAGUGCCCAGAUCACACCACCUGCUGUCAGCUGGCCACGGGCGAGUGGGGAUGCUGCCCAAUGGAAAAUGCCGUGUGCUGCCCAGAUAAGGAGCACUGCUGCCCACAUGGUUACACCUGCAACAUCGCCGCGAACUCCUGUCAGAAGCUCGUCACUCUGCAGCUGGACUCUGUCCCGAUGACGCCGGUGUAUCUGCUCGAGCAUCAACCUCAGCUCAGGGACGUCAAGUGUGACGACACGACCAGCUGCCCAGAUGGAGAGACCUGCUGCAGGCUGUCCGCCACUACAUGGGGCUGCUGUCCAUCUCCUAACGCGGUGUGCUGCAGCGACAUGAUACACUGCUGUCCCACCGGCUACACCUGUACCCAAACUGGAGACUGCACCAAGAACACAGGGCUUCAAUGGUACAACUGGCAGGUGUUCCUCAACAACGACAAGAGAGCUGUGAUCGUGUGAAAAACACCUCUGCUGCACUGUCAUUUGUUUCCUGCAAGCAAUUCACUAAUGGGGAAAACAUGAAGGGAUUUUUAAUCAUUAAAUGCUUCUUGGGGAUGCUGUGAUAGUGGACUACACUUGUUGGGGUUCUGAUGUACUGUGAUGUUUGAGUUGAACAACUACAUGCUACAAGUUUAGCUCUGACCAUGCUGUCGUCGAACUGUUGGCGGCUCAUUUCAAAAAGUCAGAGAGAUACUUUUUAGCACACACAGUUUUCUACUUGAAACUCCAUCUUUGAAAGAGUCAACUGAAACACUCCACACUUUUUUUUCUCUGUGUCCAGCUUCAGCUAGCUUUUGAGACAAAUUGCACUUUUUUCUGUCCAUAAACAGUCACAAUUUUGGUCAUAAGUUCACAUGCUGACUUUAAUCAUAUUGAAAGUCAUAAACAUGUACUGCUGCCUGAAUACACUGCAUGAUGAAUGAUUCUGUUGUGCUACAGUUUACUGGGUUUCUCGGAGCGGUUUAUUCAUAGCAUUGUCUGUAACAAGUUUUUAAUUUCCCAUCCUCCUGGAAUUGUGAUUUAAAAAUCAAAACUGGUUUAAUUUUGUGCAUUUUUAUGGUCACGGGUUGUCAUUUAAUAAACAACACAAGGCAAACAUGCAGAAAUGCAUGCAUGGUGCAGCUUAAUGAGACAUAAAACUAAUAAACACGACUUUUACAACAUCAAAA